UUUAAACUCGACGACGUCUUGCCGGCGCAUAUGGACAAAAAUGGAGUGCGCUUUGUAGAGAGGAAGUCGGUCAAAGCAGCUGAACAAAAUGUCGCAACAAGCACAGGAUGCUCUUAACCGCAUUGUGACGGACCUGAAAUCAAAAAGCAGUGAUGAUGUACGAAAGAGAGCAGCUUUGGAAUUACGGGAGUUGGUUGCCGUCACAGCAAGAGAUCUUCCCCAGGAGCGGUUCCUCGAGUUCUAUGGGGUAGUAAACAGUAACAUAAAUAAGCUUAUCAGUCAUGGCGGUGAUCCUGCUGAACGACUUGGGGGCAUUCACGCCCUCGACGCCCUGAUUGAUUUCGAUGGUGUUGAUGCCGGGCAGAAGACGACCAGAUUCACUCAGUCACUCCGCACAGUAUUACGAGGGAGAGAUCUGAUUCCGAUGCAACCAGCUGCGGUAGCCCUUGGGAAAAUCUGCCGACCUGGAGGCUCCUUAAUUUCAGAACUUGUGGAAAGUGAGGUCAAGACGGCCUUGGAAUGGCUACAAUCGGACCGGGUUGAAGAAAGGAGAUACAGCGCUGUCCUGGUGCUCCGGGAGCUCGCUCGAAACGCUCCAACACUGAUGUACACCUUUGUUGGGCUCAUAUUUGACCAGAUUUGGGUGGGACUGCGAGACCAACGUCUUCUCAUUCGACAAACUGCUGCCGAAGCUAUCAGCGCGUGUUUUCAAAUUAUCAGGGAGAGAGACCAAGCCAUGCGCCAGACUUGGCAAGCAAAGAUAUAUGAUGAAGCAGUUCAAGGGGUGAGACAGGGCUCAGUGGAAUAUAUCCACGGAUCUCUCCUCGUCAUCAAAGAACUACUUCAACAAGGAGGCAUGUUCAUGCACGAACAUUACCCAGAGGUUUGCGAGAUUGUGUUUCGACACAAAGAUCACAGAGACGUUCAGAUCCGCCGAACAGUGGUGAUGCUGAUCCCUGAACUGGCAAAUUACUCCCCCACCGAGUUUGCUCAAUCAUAUUUGCACAAAUUCAUGGUCUUCCUGUCGGGGAUGCUUAAGAAGGAUAAAGACCGAAAUGAUGCAUUCUUGGCAAUUGGAAAUAUUGCAAAUGCCGUCAAGAGUGCUAUUGCACCAUAUCUUGACGGGGUCCUGAUCUAUGUUCGUGAAGGCUUGAGUCUGAAAUCAAGACGCAGCGGCACAGUUGACCCUGUUUUUGAUUGUAUCAGCAGGCUUGCAGUUGCAGUUGGCCAAACAUUGAGCAAAUACAUGGAAGCCUUACUCGAUCCUAUCUUCGCCUGUGAAUUGACACCAAAGCUCACCCAGGCAUUAGUGGACAUGGCUUUCUACAUCCCACCGGUCAAGCCCACUAUACAGGAAAGACUCUUAGAUAUGUUAAGCAAAGUCCUGUGUGGCGAACCUUUCAAGCCACUUGGGGCUCCAACACCGAAUAGCAUUGCGGCAGCACCAAUCGUACCCAAAGACUCGAAAGAUCCCCUUGCAUACGAGCACCGCCAGACUGAGAUCAAGCUUGCGCUGAACACAUUAGGGAGUUUCGACUUCUCCGGCCAUGUUUUAAAUGAAUUCGUCAGAGAUGUUGCGAUCAAGUACGUCGAAGACGACAACCCUGAUAUCAGAGAAGCAGCAGCUCUAACAUGUUGUCAACUCUACGUCCGAGAUCCGAUCGUCAACCAGACCAGCUACCACGCAAUCCAAGUUGUCAGCGAAGUCAUCGAGAAGCUUCUCACUGUCGGAGUUGCAGAUCCUGAUCCGGGAAUCAGGAGAACAGUUCUUGCUGCUCUGGAUGAACGAUUUGAUCGUCACCUGGCAAAAGCAGAGAAUAUACGAACUCUGUUCUUUGCCCUCAACGAUGAAGUGUUUGCUAUCAGAGAGGUCGCGAUCGCCAUCAUCGGCCGUCUCACACAUGUCAACCCUGCAUAUGUCAUACCCUCAUUACGAAAAGUCCUCAUUCAGAUGCUUACCGAGCUCGAGUUCUCCGAUGUAGCACGGAACAAGGAGGAAAGUGCAAAGCUACUAAGCUUACUAGUUCAGAACUCCCAGCGAUUGAUCAAACCAUACGUCGACCCGAUGAUUGCCGUCUUGCUUCCGAAGGCCAGCGAUCCAAACCCGGCUGUAUCGUCAACAAUUCUAAAGGCAAUUGGCGACCUCGCUACCGUUGGAGGGGAGGAUAUGCUUCCGUAUAUCGAUAAGCUUAUGCCGAUCAUACUUGAAGCUUUACAAGAUCAAAGUUCUGUUGUCAAGCGUGAAGCCGCUCUUCGGACUCUUGGGCAACUAGCUAGCAACUCGGGUUAUGUCAUUAAACCAUACCUCGAUUACCCAAUGCUCCUCGAUAUUCUCCAGACAAUCAUCAGAUCCGAACCUCACCGAGGCCCCCUGCGUCAAGAGACAAUAAAGCUCAUGGGCAUUCUUGGUGCUCUCGACCCUUACAAACAUCAGCAAGUCGAAGAAAGAUCUCCAGAGUCUCAAUUGCGCCUCGAGUCGACGCAGCUUACUGAUAUCUCGCUCAUGAUGACUGGACUCACACCAUCCAACAAAGAAUACUUCCCUACGGUCGUGGUCAAUGCAUUGCUCCAAAUCUUGAAGGACCCGUCCCUUGUCCAGCACCAUGCACUUGUCGUGGAGUCAAUCAUGACGAUAUUUAGGACUCUUGGACUCGAAUGUGUUCCAUUUCUCGACAAGGUCGUCCCUGCCUUCAUCGCUGUCAUCCGAAGUGCUACUUCUACCCGUCUCGAGUCAUACUUCAGUCAACUAAGCGUCUUGGUAACGAUCGUCCGACAGCACAUCCGAAAUUACCUGCCAGACAUCGUAAACGUGUUGCAAGAGUUUUGGAGCCAUUCAACUCCCUUGCAGGCGAAUAUUCUGCAACUGGUGGAAGCCAUUUCCCGAUCCUUGGAAGGCGAAUUCAAGAUUUACUUGGCUGGGCUAUUACCCCUAAUGCUAGGUGUUUUGGAAAAGGAUGUCUCUACGAGACGCUUGCCUUCGGAACGUGUUCUCCACGCAUUUCUUGUGUUUGGCCCAAGCAGCGAAGAGUACAUGCAUUUAAUCAUUCCGGUCAUUGUUGGUGUUUUCGAAAAACAACAGCAACCGUCAUUCAUUCGAAAAUCCGCGAUCGAGACCAUUGGCAAGAUCUCACGGCAGGUCAAUCUCAACGACUUUGCGUCAAAGAUUAUCCAUCCACUUGCGAGAGUUCUGGCUGGCAGUGAUAGUUCUCUGAGACUGGCUGCUCUUGACACACUUUGUGCCUUAAUCUUCCAACUGGGCAAAGAUUACCUGCAUUUUGUUGGUACCAUUAACAAGGUCUUAGCAGCGAACCAGAUCUCUCAUCAAAAUUAUGAACUUCUGGUAAGCAAGCUGCAAAAAGGAGAAGUUUUACCUCAAGAUCUGAACGCGGAUGAUCGUUUCCGUAACCAGGUCGAUGAAGGGGCCUACUCAGAGGCUCAGAACAAAAAGCUUGACUCGAAUCCUGUUCAUCUGAAGGCGUCUUGGGAUGCGAAAGGCAAAUCAACAAAGGAGGACUGGCAAGAAUGGAUGCGUCGUUUCAGUGUUACCGUCCUAACGGAAUCGCCGAACCAGGCUCUCAGAGCAUGUGCUCCCUUGGCAAGCGUGUAUCCUCCACUGGCCCGUGAACUAUUCAACUCUGCCUUCGUAUCAUGCUGGGGUGACCUUUUCGAACCGUACCAGGAUGAUCUGAUUCAAAACAUUGAGCUUGCAAUUCGGUCGCCACAUGUCACGCCCGACCUUCUUGGAAUAUUGCUUAAUCUUGCGGAAUUUAUGGAGCAUGAUGAUAAGGCCCUUCCGAUCGAUAUUCGUGUAUUAGGGCGAGAAGCUGGCCGAUGCCAUGCUUGGGCAAAGGCUCUCCAUUACAAGGAGUUGGAGUUUCUUCAAGACCAAUCGAGUGGAGCAGUUGAAGCUCUAAUCCAGAUCAACAAUCAAUUGCAACAGUACGAUGCGGCCAUAGGUAUCUUGCGAAAGGCUCAACUUUACAAAGAUGGAAUCCAGUUGCGUGAAACUUGGUUCGAGAAACUCGAGCGCUGGGAAGAGGCUCUUGAAUUCUACCAGAAGCGCGAGCAGGAGUAUCCAGAACAGGCUGAGACAUUUGAUAUUAUAAUGGGGAAGAUGAGGUGCCUGCAUGCACUGGGAGAAUGGGACUCGCUCUCUGCAUUGGCACAAGACAAGUGGCAUACGUCUACUCUUGAGAUCAAACGGGCUGUGGCGCCUUUGGCUACCGCGGCUGCAUGGGGUCUGGGACAGUGGGAUCUCAUGGAUGACUAUCUCAGCGUCAUGAAGGCCAAUACUCCAGAUCGAUCCUUUUUUGGUGCUGCUCUUGCUUUGCAUCGCAACCAAUUCCGAGAAGCUGCACUGUACGUGCAGAAAGCAAGAGAGGGGCUGGACACAGAGCUGAGCGCCUUGGUCAGCGAGUCGUACAACCGAGCUUAUACCGUCAUUGUUCGCGUGCAAAUGUUGGCAGAGUUAGAGGAGCUUAUUGUCUACAAGCAAAGUGCCAACAAUCCAACCAAACAGGAGACUCUCCGUCACACUUGGGAGAAACGACUCCUUGGUUGUCAGCGGAACGUUGAGGUAUGGCAGCGCAUGCUAAAGCUCCGUACUUUAGUGAUAUCACCCAAAGAGAACAUGCAGAUGAUGAUCAAAUUUGCCAAUCUCUGUAGGAAAUCUGGUCGGAUGGGCUUGGCAGAAAAGCACCUGAAGAUGCUGAUUGGCACCGAUGAAAGCCUCGACAUGCUUUUGCCAUGGGUCGACGAAGCGGAUGGGAAUCGCCAAAACGGUCAGAUUCGACAGCCUCUAUUGAGGGACGUUCCUCCUCCCGUCAAAUAUGCCGUUCUCAAAUACCAUUGGGCGGCAGGCAAACAAGAACCGGCAUUGGAUGCACUGCGAGUUUUCACAGCAGAACUAGCUGAUCGUUUAGAUCAAGUGCACGCGGCGGCUCAGGGGGGCAUGAACGGCGCUACCGACGUUCUCAGCAUCAACGGUGGAGUGUCGAAUAUGUCCCUUAAUGGCUUCAAUCCCAACAGCCCCGGUGGUGCUGUCGGCAGUCCAGGAAUGUCUAAUAAGGCUGUGGCCGAGCACACGAUGCUCCUCGCCAGAUGUUGCCUCAAACAAGGGGAAUGGCAAAUUGCGCGAGAGAAGGGUAAUUGGUACGAAAACCAUGUCACUGACGUCCUUUCUUCGUAUCGAGCAGCCACACACUUCAACCCCACUUGGUACAAAGCUUGGCAUGCUUGGGCUCUCGCCAACUUUGAACUUGUCCAAUCCCUCACCCGUCAAGCAGAACGAGAUCACAAUUUGGUUGUCGCGCCGGAGCUUCUUAUCGACCAUGUCGUUCCUGCAGUCAGAGGAUUCUUCAAGUCCAUUUCUCUCUCUAUGGGCAGUUCUUUGCAGGAUACCUUACGUCUGUUGACCCUUUGGUUCGCCCACGGAGGCAGUCCGGAAGUCAAUGCGGCAGUCACCGAGGGAUUUGCAUCUGUCAGCGUGGACACUUGGCUGGAAGUCAUUCCUCAACUCAUUGCUCGGAUUAACCAGCCCAACACUCGGGUUCGACAAUCGAUCCAUAAUCUUCUAGCCGAUGUUGGUAGGGCUCAUCCACAAGCCCUCGUCUACCCGCUGACGGUAGCCAUGAAAUCGGCUCCAAAUACUCGACGUGGAAGAUCAGCGAUGCAAAUCAUGGACAGCAUGCGUCAGCACAGCGCUAGACUUGUUGAGCAAGCAGAUAUCGUCAGUCAUGAACUUAUCCGGGUCGCGGUGUUGUGGCACGAACUUUGGCACGAGGGUCUUGAGGAGGCUUCAAGGCUCUAUUUCGGCGAUCGAAACAUUGAAGGAAUGUUUGCUACUUUGGCCCCAUUGCACGACAUGCUCGACCAAGGUCCCGAGACACUGCGAGAGAUAUCCUUUGCUCAGACCUUCGGACGUGAUUUGCAAGAAGCUCGUGAGUGGUGCUUCACUUACAGACAGUCAGGCGAUGUCGGUGAUAUCAACCAAGCUUGGGACCUCUAUUACCAAGUUUUCCGGCGCAUUGCUCGACAACUUCCGCAGCUCAAUAACCUAGAGUUAGCCUAUGUAUCGCCCAAACUUCUCCAUGCUCGCGAUCUAGACCUGGCAGUACCGGGCACCUAUAUGAGCGGCAAGCCUAUCAUCCGAAUUCUCAACUUCGAUACCACCUUUAGCGUCAUAUCUUCCAAACAGCGUCCACGAAAGCUCAGUCUCAAUGGAAGCGACGGAGUCCCGUAUGCUUUUGUUCUGAAGGGUCAUGAAGACAUUCGUCAGGACGAACGUGUUAUGCAACUGUUUGGUCUAUGCAACACGCUGAUGGUCAAUGAUACCGAGUCAUACAAGCGACAUCUGAAUAUUCAGAGAUACCCCGCCAUUCCCUUAUCACAGAAUUCGGGUCUACUUGGCUGGGUUCCAAACAGUGACACGCUUCACGUCUUGAUCAGGGAGUACAGAGAGAGCCGCAAGAUCUUGCUCAACAUCGAGCACCGAAUUAUGCUCCAGAUGGCUCCUGAUUACGAUAAUCUCACUCUUAUGCAGAAGGUUGAAGUCUUCGGCUAUGCACUGGACAAUACUACUGGCCAAGAUCUCUACCGCGUGUUAUGGUUGAAGAGCAAGAGUUCCGAAUCCUGGCUUGAGCGCCGUACGAACUACACUCGUUCUUUGGGUGUCAUGUCAAUGGUUGGAUAUAUCCUCGGUCUUGGUGACAGGCAUCCAUCGAAUCUGAUGCUUGACCGAAUCACGGGCAAGAUCAUUCAUAUUGAUUUUGGUGACUGCUUCGAAGUCGCCAUGCAUCGCGACAAGUAUCCAGAGCGAGUGCCUUUCCGAUUGACUCGAAUGUUGACAUACGCAAUGGAGGUAAGCAACAUCGAGGGCAGCUUCCGGAUCACUUGUGAAAAUGUUAUGAGGGUUCUGAGGGAUAACAAGGAGUCUUUGAUGGCAGUACUUGAAGCUUUCAUUCACGAUCCACUCCUGAAUUGGCGUCUUACGGGGGAUACUUCACCAGCAGGUCCAAACUUCCGCUCUGAACGCCGUGAUUCUCUGAUGGCAGCGCAAGCCCGUCGUCCCUCUAUCAUGGACGCGGAAAUCCCACCCUCAGCUCUCAUGGCUCAGGACCCUACGGCAGCUCCAGGAGGUCCGCCAUCUUCUCGGCCGCGUGCCAGAACAAAUUCUACGACUCAAGGACCUGGUGGGGCCGACGUCGACAUCCAAGAGACGCAGAAUGAGCGAGCGAUGCAGGUGCUGAAUAGGGUGAAGGAGAAGCUCACUGGGCACGAUUUCAAGCCAGACGAGGAGCUGACCUUUAUUAUCCAAGUUGACAAGUUGUUGAUUGAGGCGACGAAGCUGGAAAAUCUAUGCCAGCAUUACAUCGGUUGGUGCAGUUUCUGGUAAGGAUUUCUUCUAGCAUGGUUGGCGGGCAAGAUGGGACAGAUGGGACAGAUGGGACAGUUAACGAUAACGGCUGGGCGGCGUAUUGAGCGAUGCUUUUCGUGAUGAAUGCAAACGAGCCAUGUCCUUAGAGACGGAAGGAAGACUGUAUGUACACUUUUGUAAAACUAGAGUGCUGCGGCAUUGAGCAAGGCGUCGGAUCGGACAGUCUGCGAUGAAUCUACGGUUUUCGAGACCAGCGGCCAACAAGUUGCACCUUAGUGCCAACAACUUAUUAGAUGAAGAUGAAGUUUGCCAGCACUCCGAGGUUCUGCAGCACAUCCCAGAGAGUGCGGCAUAUAACGAGCCCAC